AGCGAAUGAAAUCAUAAAUCGUCUGCGUUCGGUGCACAUCGUUCUAUCUGGCCGACGUUGGUGAAUAGUCAUUUUUUUGUUCAGCUAAUUUUACCAUCGAAAUAAGAUAUUUAUAAUAAUUCAAAAUGCCAAAUCAAGUUUUGACUAUCGACCCUCAAAACGAGCUGAAAUUUAAAGUUGAUUUCUCAGGGCUGUUCGAGCAGGGGUUCACCACUCACAUGCGGCUGACGAAUCCCAGUUCGGAUACAGUGCUGUUUAAAAUUAAGACAACAGCACCAAAGAAGUAUUGCGUGCGACCCAACUCGGGUGUAUUAGAGCCCAACUCUAAAGUCGACAUUGCAAUUACUCCUCAGCCGGUGUAUCUUGAUCCCAAUGAGAAGCAUAAACAUAAGUUCAUGGUCCAAAGCGUCAUUGCCCCGGAGGGCAGAACUAACAUUGAUCAAGUGUGGAAGGAAAUCAGCCCUGAUCAGCUCAUGGACUACAAGCUGAAAUGUGUUUUUGAAACUCCACGAGUGUCUAAUCUCAAUGACUCCGGUGACAAUGCUGCCCAGAAUGAGGUAACCAAAAAACGAGCACCAGCCACCGAAGACUCUAAGGUUCCAAAGGUUGCUGUCGAACAAAACUUCCUUAGCGUUCCGCAAAAACCUGAAGAAGAUGACGUAAGUUCGUCUAUUGGCGGGAAUAAGACAUUUACUGUGUUUAAGCACGAUAACUUGGAAAACGAUUUGCAAAAGGCGACUUCGGAAGUACUUCUUCUGAGAGAGGAGGAAAGCAAACUGAGACAUGAGAACUUACAACUGAAAGAGGAGCUGCUGCGCCUGCACCAGAAAGUGGGCGAAGGUCGCGUGCGUCGGCAUUCUUAUACUCCCGACAAGAACGCCCAGGCUACUAUGAUCCCUUGGAUCGCUAUCGCCAUCGGCAUGGCAUUCCUAGGUAUUGUCAUUGGCAAGUUCCUCAUGUGAACAUCUAAUGACCCUCGGUAACCCGACGCAAAACUCACCAAACGCUGUUUAUCACUCCCAAAGGUAACCCUCUCGCACAAGGCAGCUUACGUUUAUUUAUCAAUGCUUAAUUCGCGUAACUCUGUGUUGUUUCGGUUGCAAAACCGUAUUCUUGUCCGCUAACUUCUCUGGCGACAACGUAAACUUUCCACUUGUGUAAUCCUUUUGUAUUGUCUCUCUUCAAUGCCUUUUUAUCUAUAACUGUAUUCCUUACUGCAAGAGGGUCUCCGACGCUAUAGCUAGUAUGUUAUCGGACGUGUGUCCGCAAUUUUGUGUGUCUUGUAGUCUAGCUUCGAUUACUUUCUUCUUUUAAUUCGAUUUCAUUUAACGGUACAAAAAUUUACUUAAUAGUUCUAGAUUAGUUGGUAUAUUUGUAAAGAUCUUGUGAUCUACUAAGUAUCGUAAUCACUAAGACAUCGGUAUUCAAAGUGGAUUAAGGUAUUUUGCUAUGUAUGUUUCGAAUAUUGUGCUGCGACCGUUUAGGACACGGCGCAUUUUGUAAUAACUUCUAAAUUCUAAAUUUGAUUAAUAUUUUGGUCAAUGACUGCUUUUAUCGAAAGAUGUUAUUAAAUUCUAAGAUUAUUAACUUUAUAUGUGAUUAUUUUCAAAAUGUUUAGGUGUCUUUAAGUGAGGGGCAUAUUUUGAGUAUAUUCGUCGUGGUAUAUCGUGGUUCGUCAUGCAAUUUCCUUUUAACCGAUGGCCACUUUUUGGACAUUGCAUUGAUACGUGUUCAAUGUACUUGCGGAAAUCCUAUUUUAAAUUUAUCCAAUUCACCAUUUUGUAUUUGAACUGCAUGAAUUUAAUAUUAUAUAUAAUUUUAAUGUUAAUUAGGUUUUUUUUUUAACGUUUUGAAUAAUUUUAAAUUAUUUGGCCAAUUCGCUUGUGAUGUGCCAGGAACAGCAUUGUUAUAAUUAUUUGGUGUUUUUAAUUAUUUAAAAAAAACUAUCGUUAUUAUUCUUUUAUAACUUUUCGAUUUUAAUUUGCGAUGCAUUAAGUAGUGACGUAGGCUUCACGUAUGCACUGCCACUUACCGUAUGUUGGCUAAAUUAAUUCAUUGGGUAAAUAACUGCCUAUACUAUUUCCUAUUGUAGGUAUUUCUUGUGUGUUCUCAACGGGUGUCAGGUCUGCAUCGAUAUGCAAAUUGUGAGCUAUUGCAGCAGCUAGUGUAAUUCAUUAAUUGCGGCAUUCCACUGACAAACGUGUCUCUAUUAAAUGUAGAAAAAAGGGUUGAUACUCUUAGCUUUGUAUCAUUUUUGUAAUUCGUCAACAAGCCUCUUAGCUGCACAUAGUCUGUCAUUUUGUGUCUACCAGCACUCGUCCCUCACGUAGUUAAUUUUAAUAAGGGCCAAUAUCAACACAUUCAGUGCCAACGACUCACAUGGCGAGUUCACAUUCAUAGGUAAAAUAGCUUAAUGGCACUGAACGUGUUGAUAUACGCGAGUCGCCAAUCCAGUGUAGUAGUAUUAGGUCGAGGCUUCCUCUAUGUAUGUUUAAAAGGUCAUCUGCUCAGGGUAUGUUCUUACAAACGACUGACAAGAGCUCCAUGUCAGCCCGAGAGUACAAAGCUACUUUGUAAGGUCUGAUAUAAUGAAUGUUGUGUGUUUAUUGCACUAAUAGACCUCAUUAAAAGUAUAUUUCAGUAACAUCGGUAGCUUAGAAUGGUUGACGUGCAUGGAAAUAAUUUAAACGAAUGCUAAAAAUCCUUUUAAACGUAUUUAUUUAUAAAAUUGUUUUUAAAUAUUUUAGUAUGUGAUAUCUGUUCUCUUUAUGUCUUCUGUUCCUAUUUUAAACAGUUAUUCUGUCCCUGAAAUAAUAUGGCACCUGAGCUUCCUUUGUAACAAUAUACAACAGAGUCAUCGCAAAUUUAAAUAUGACAUAAUAAAUGCAAUAUUUAGAAGACAAAGUAAACGAAAGUUACAUCUUAUUCGAAUCUAAGUAAACGAAACAUUUUAUUUAUUUUAUACGCAUAAUAAUUAUUUUAUUUCAACAUACAUUGAAUGAUCUUAGAAUUUUAUGUUAAUGUUAUCAUAUUUCCUGCAGUAUACAAUUUUAUCAACGGUAUCCGUUACUUUAUAGUUCAUUUUAAGGAAAUGAACACAUAAAAACGGAUUAAAGUCGCUAGAUGAUAAUGAAACUUAUAAAAUUUUCUGUAUUUUAUUGUUGUAUUAUUAUUGAAUUAUUAUGCUAUGUAUGGUAUCGUUUC